CGAAAUUUUUUCUUAUCAAUUAUCGUAUUUACAUCUGCAUUUAUAGUAACCACGGUUGUAGUUCAGUUUCUAUAAUUGCGGACCGUGGUAAAUUCAUAGAACAUAAUAUUGUUGGUAAGUUGUGUUGAGAUCGCACGUGUGAUAUAGAUAAUGUAAGAGUUAAAGCAAAGGGUCUUGUUCAUCAAAUGAAGAGUUUCCAUUUUAUUUUUUCAUUAACAAUCUUAAAACCUAUAAUGGUUCAAAUACGUAUUGUAAGUGCAAGUUUACAAUCGCCAAAUUUGGAUCUUCUUACUGUCGUACUAUUAAUAAAUGGUCUAAAAAAUGCAUUAACCAAGUUUAGAUCUGAUGACAAUUAUUUCACAAGUUUGUAUAAAAAAGUUUUAGAAGUCUGUAAUGAACACAAUAUAGAAAUUUCAAGUGUUAAAAAACGAAAAAUAUCAAAAAAAAUUAACGACAGCAAUACACAGUACAUCAGCACUGACAAAAAGAGUGAAAUUAAACACUUUGUUUAUUUUGUAGUUUUGGAUGAUUUGUUAAAUGGAAUUCAAGAACGUUUCAGUCAGGAAACGUUGACUCUUAUCACUGCAUUUGGUCAUCUUAUAAAUUUUGAACUGAGUAAAUCAGAUACCUAUAACAACACUCAACUACAUUUGAUUUGAGUGCCUUAGAUAUUGAAGGAGAGUAUAAUAUUUUGAAAUCACUACCAGAUUUUAACCAGGGGUCUUCUACUAUGGUAAUUCAUAAUUGGCUAGACAAGUAAAAAAAAAAUGACUUAUCUAAAAGUUUCCCAAACAUUUUUAAAACUCUAUCACUUUUUGUCACAAUUCCGGUUACUAGUUGUAGCUGUGAAACAGUGUUUUCAAAAUUAAGUUUAGUCAAGAAUAAAUUGAGGAAUAAAAUGUUACAAGAACGUCUUGAGUGUUUAUUAAUGAUAUUUUUAGAACAAGAAAUGGCUACAAAUUUAGAUUAUGAAGAAAUCAUCGAAGAAUUUAAAAUCUUAACUCCUGCCAUACGUUGUCUUGAACUUUAGUUCCUAUUAAAUUGUAUUAUCC